GGACAGAAGAAGACGCUCUGUUCCAGUUUGUUUGUGACUCUUUGUUAGGAUCCCAGACACAAACAAACGAACAAAGCAGGUACAGUCUCAUCUCAAACCUUAUGACUGCUUUUCUGUUUCAUUUCAGAAUCUGAAAACACAAAUACACGGCUGAUCUUAAAAGCUGAGCUUCGAUGUGCUCUACAGCUCAGAGAUCUGUCCUCGGAUGAACAUCCAGGCACCAGACGCGUAAACCUUAAGGAGCGCUCGAUAAACAGGAGCACUCUGGAAAUUUACUCCGAGCGGAAUUGCCAUUGAUCUCAGAAAACAAUUCCACUUCCCUUCCUUCUGCAGGAGAAUGCUUCCCAGCAAAAAAUAGAGCAGCUGGGAUGUGAGAUGAAAAGGGGGAGUUGGGGGAGGAAGAGGAGGAGAUGGAGGAGGAGGAAGAGAGAGAAGGGAGGUCCAUGGGGGGAAACACACUCUUGUGAUGCUAUUCUCCUCUUGUGGACAAAUAACUCAGCUGGGACACUCAGAUGGCAUCCAUCAGCUCCUGGAGGUUCCCAAAUCGGAGAUAGUCUCACUGGAACACCACGCUCUUCCCAUCUGGAUCCGACUUCCUGAUCAGAGUCACCUCCCAGACGAGGAGAUAACAGAUUCCUGAAUCUGAGUUGCUGAAAACCAGAGGAGCGUCCGACAGACUGGAGGACUCACUGUGUUCCAGUUGUUUGUUGAGUCACAUGAGAAACCAUAAGGAAUGGUGAUUCAGUAGAGAAGCUGUUUGUUCUCUCAUCACUCUGUGCGCCCUCAUUCCCCUCCCAGUCUCCGUAUCCCAGGUGUGUGUUCAGACUUUGAGCAGCGAUGGGGGACUGGAGUCUUCUUGGGAAUAUCCUUGAAGAGGUCCAGGAACACUCCACCUCAGUUGGGAAGGUUUGGCUCACCAUCCUCUUCAUCUUUCGCAUCCUGGUGCUGGGCACGGCGGCGGAGUCCUCCUGGGGCGACGAGCAGAGCGACUUCCAGUGCGACACCAAGCAGCCUGGCUGCACCAACGUCUGCUACGACAGCGCCUUCCCCAUCGCCCACAUCCGCUACUGGGUGCUGCAGAUUGUGUUUGUGUCCACGCCGUCCCUCAUCUACAUGGGCCACGCCAUGCACACGGUGCGCAGGGAGGAGAAAAGGAGGAAGAGGGAGCAGGAGGAGAAGAAGGUGGGCAGGGAAGAUGAAGAAGAUCUAGAAGAGGAGAAGGAGUACAUCCAACAGAAGGAGAGUGGAAAAGAUGUGUCAUCUGAUGGGAUUGGACGUGUCCGUCUAAAAGGAGCCCUGCUGCACACUUACAUCCUGAGCAUCUUGAUCCGAACAGUGAUGGAGGUGACCUUUAUUGUGGUGCAGUACAUGAUGUACGGGGUGUUCCUCAAGGCGCUGUACCUCUGCAACGUGUGGCCCUGCCCCAACCCCGUAAACUGCUACAUGUCCCGGCCCACAGAGAAAAACGUCUUCAUCGUCUUUAUGCUGGUGGUGGCCGGUGUGUCUCUUCUGCUCUCUGUGUUGGAGCUCUACCAUCUGGCCUGGAAGAGCAUCAGGAGGUGCGUACGCAAAAAGAUGAUCCAAAAAAAACAUCAAAGAGCAAUGACGGCAGCUUUGGAGCCACCCCGGCCCUCCUGCACCCCACCUCCAGACUUCAACCACUGUCUCACGUCCCCGAGCUCCAAAAACCCCAUCACCUCCAUAACCACUCAUCCUUUCAACACCAGGAUGGCGCUGCAGCAGAACUCGGUCAACCUGGCCACUGAGCGGCACCACAGCUGCGACAACCUUGAGGACGAGGAGGACUUCCUGACGAUGAGAUACGAGCAGGCACCUGCAGAGCUGCCCAACAACUGCUCCCCGAUCUUGCUGCUGCACUCAGGCUACAUGAAGGACAAACGGCGCCUGAGCAAGAUCAGUGGGACCAGCAGCCGGGCACGACAUGAUGACCUGGCAGUCUAGUAGUGGAGGAAGCGCUGGACCUUCAGAAUCAAAGUCUGAGGGAAUAAACGCACUAAGACAGGAUUUAUUUUUCUGGUGGCUUUUAAAACACACUAAGGCCUGACACAACCAGCAAAGAUGGAUUAAUGUCCAGACUGGAAAAAAAAGGACUUCAAAAACUUCUGGAUUGGUGGAUAAUACAUCCUAGAGCUUGAAAUACAAAAAAAAAUAACUGCAAAAAGAGAUGAAUAAGAACAGGGUAACAGGCUUGGUACCUGGCUGUUGCACAUUUUAUGCAUCCAAGAACAAAGAGAAAGGAUAAGAGGGGCAUGAUGGGAGCUUUGGAAGUACUGUUUCUUCUUUUAGAAGCAAAUAAAUCACAUACAUUUCAAUUACUCGUUUGACUACACAGCAGAUUUCAACUCAAUUACACCAAUUUCCGAACUGCAAAUAUGAUUUUUAUGCACAAAAACAAAAGGAUAUCAUGUCUGAAACUGUGAAAACUUCCUUUUAUUUGAGGAAACAACAUUAAAAGUGCCUUGACAAGUCUUUAAUUUAAAUAAAGGUUUUUGAAAUUGUCUUAUUUGUUAACUCUUGAUCUGCAGCAGUGAUUGCACUACUUAGAGAUGUAACUUGAGAAUAAUAACUUAAAUGUUGCAGUCACAUAUCUGAGGUGUGUGCAGACCUAAUGAAAGAAUGUAACCUUUGUUGUUGUUUUUGUAUUAUCAAACCGUUUGGGAGGUUUUGAAGCUUAAAAUUAAAAUGUCCUGCUGAAUGCUGUAGUGAAGAGAUUUAGCCACUAGGUGGCAACAUUGCACUUGAGUUGUUCCAUUUUCCUACUGAGGUUUUUGAGUAAAUGAUACUCCAGAUGUAUAUGAAUGUAUGUUAUUUCACUGUUUAUUUCAUGUUAUAAGUAGAAUAACUUAGCUAAUAGAUAAAUGAUUUUUACAAGCACUGUUAGAGGGCUGAGUCAGGGCAAACAGGACUUGUGCUCAGUCGGAUGUGCAAUGUGUUUGGCUCACAUUGAUUUUCAAGCAUUUACUGUAGUUGCUAACCUAAACAUAGCAAUAAACCAUCUAUUAUACAUUGUAUCAUGUGUUAUUAAGAUUUCUGAGCCACUUCUAAACCAUGUGGUAAAUUCUCAAACUCUGUAAUCAACAAAGGGGCACAAGCACCAGCUGUGCACUUCUCGCUGUUGCCACAAAGGACCUGGAGGAACCAGAUUGUGGAUGAUGAGGAAUAUUUACACAGUGUCUGGCAGAACGCUGAGCACAGAUUUCCAGCCGCAUCCUUUCCAUAAUUUAACACUGAAAUUGGAAUUUUAAAAAGUAUUCCAAUGUUUCUGCAAAUCUUUGUUAAAGGAUUUAAAGUAAUAUGAGGAUUAUGAGUCUCUCUACAUAGAUUGUGUAAAUUUCUGUGUUCAUAUUCUAUAGCUCAUAGUCUCUGAGGUAUUUGUUGCAGAUUCAUAUUUUAUUUUAUUUCAUUAUUUUGACAUGUGUAACACAUUUGUAUCUCAUCUCUCUUUGUGUUAGCUGUAUAUAUAUACCGUAAAUCCUGCAGGCCCGGAGCUUGUCACCUGCUGACAGCAGGCUGCUGUCUUUUCUGAGGGCUGCAUCUUGCUGCUCAUUAUCACGUGACAGCGACUAGUUGAUGACAGGCAUAAAAAGUCACUAUAGUGAAGUCAACUAGUUCAUACAACCCCUGCUACUGCUCCCCAGAGUGUUCUGCAGCAUAAUAAAUCAGCACGCUCUCUUUGAA